GGGAGACCAGAUAUAGUGAAUACCAGAUAUAGUGAAUGCAGGGUCCGGGGAGACCAGAUAUAGUGAAUGCAGGGUCCGGGGAGACCAGAUAUACAGUAAAUGCAGGGUCCUGGGAGACCGGAUAUAGUAAAUGCAGGGUCCUGGGAGACCAAAUAUAGUGAAUGCAGGGUUCGGGGAGACCAGAUAUUGUGAAUGCAGGGGGAGACCUCAGGGUCCUGGGAGACCAGAUAUAGUGAAUGCAGGGUCCGGGGAGACCAGAUAUAGUGAAUGCAGGGUCCGGGGAGACCAGAUAUAGUGAAUGCAGGGUCCUCGGAGACCAGAUAUAGUGAAUGCAGGGUCCUCGGAGAUCAGAUAUAGUGAAUGCAGGGUCCAGGGAGACCGGAUAUAGUGAAUGCAGGGUCCGUGG